AUGCAAGUACACAUUGAACCUUCGCCUUUCGGCCCCAUCAGUGACGACGACGUUCCGGAGGAGAAGCCGGAGCCGACCAAGCCCGCCCGACCCGAAUCUGGCACGCUUGGCUCCGGCCUCACAGCGCCUGUCUUAACUUUCGAAACGGUGAAGGAACCGACGACGGACAGGCGUACACCGGAUUUCCCUGACGCCCCGAACAACACUCUCCCCAAUACGCCAGGAGUUGUUACCCCUGUGCGAUCUUCGACCCCGACCGCGAACGCGGCAGCGUCGACUAUCUCGCCCAAAGCCUUCCCAAAGGUUCCGGAUGAGGAGCACCCCUAUGUCGGCGUCCACAUCUCCCCCCACGCAAAGGGCACCGCCAGCCAGUUAAACCCGAAGACCCCGUUCCCGAGCGCGCCAGACGGUGGAACACCCCGUAGUGAGGCAGCUUCAGCGAGGACACCUUCCUUGCAUGGCAGUCCGUCGAAAGGGUCUUCUGACGGCAGCACUCGAUCCCUCGGGGUUGCCCCCAGAGGGCCCAAACGCCUGAGCUACCGGCCGCCCGAGCUCGAUGACGAGGACCCGGGAGACUUUGAAGGUGGAGGUUGGGCUGUUGUGACGAAGUGGGAGCCGUGGAGGGGCAGCCCGCCCAGCGACCGCCCGAGUCGACAGAACAGCCUUGGACACGGCUUGCGGGAAGACGUGCCUCCGCCUGUACCGCCAAAGGAUUAG